AUGGGGGAUGCCUUCAUCCGGCACAUCGAGCUGCUGGGUUACGAGAAAAGGUUUUUCCCCAGUCAGCACUAUGUCUACAUGUUCCUGGUGAAGUGGAACGACCUCUCCGAAAAGCUCGUCUACCGCCGCUUUACCGAGUUAUACGAGUUCCACAAAGCGCUAAAGGAGAUGUUCCCUAUUGAAUCUGGCGACAUCAACAUGGAGAAACGGAUCAUCCCGCACUUGCCAGCCCCAAAGUGGUUUGACGGGCAGCGCUCGACGCAGAACAGGCAGGGCACGCUGGCUGAGUACUGCUACACGCUGGUCAACUUGCCCCACAAGAUCUCCCGGUGCCUGCACGUGGUCAACUUCUUCAAGGUCCGUCCCGAUGACAUGAACCCCGUCACGGACAGCCAGAUCAAGAAGCCCGAGGUCUUCCUCCUGCCAAAGGAUGCCAAGAAAAACCUCAGCGACAUCACGGGCCCCAUUGUCCUGCAAACCUACCGAGCCAUCGCUGACUAUGAGAAGAGCUCCACAUCCGAGAUGGCUCUAAAAGCUGGGGACAUGGUGGACGUCGUGGAGAAGAGCGAGAGUGGCUGGUGGUUUUGCCAGUUGAAGAACAAACGGGGCUGGGUGCCAGCUGCCUAUCUGGAGCCGAUGGAUGGUCCCGAUGAGUCUGAAGAGCAGGAGCCCAACUAUGCAGGUGAGCAGUACGUUGUCCAGAAAAGCUACACAGCCGUGGAGGAGGACGAGCUGACCCUCAGGGAGGGUGAUACCAUCGAAGUCAUCCACAAGCUCCUCGAUGGCUGGUGGGUCGUCAGGAAGGAUGAAACCACGGGUUAUUACCCCUCCAUGUACCUGCAGAAAGCCGGGGAGGCGAACACCUCUGUGAAGAGUGAGCUGAGGAACCGGAGCGCUCCUCCACGAAGAUCCACCAUCCGAAAUGUGAAGAGCAUCCACAAGCAGAGCCGGAAGCAGAUCAGCCAGGAGACCUACAGGAGGAACAGCAAGAAGUACAUCCAGAGCCAGAGGAACAUGAAGGAAAAUUUCCAGAAGCCAGGCACCGUUGAGAAAAACGAGCAAGAGGAGAACAAGCCCAAGGCUCAACCUGCUGUUCCUCCCCGUCCCAGCAAAGACCUCAUCCUGAACCGCUGUACCGAGAGCACCCGGAGAAAGAUCCUGUGAGGCCUCAG